CCGCUUCCGGGACUGCUUCCGGUGCUGUAGGGUAGUGGGCUGCUGGAGGCUGGUUUACUUCGCCAUGGCGGUUACCCUCAGCCUGUUGCUGGGCGGCCGAGUCCGUACUGCUGUUGCUCGCUAUGGGUUCGCGACCCGGGGGCUGGCGGGCUCAGGCCCUAUGGGCCGUGAGCCGGACCCGGAUUCCGACUGGGAGCCAGAGGAGAGGGAGUUGCAGGAGGUCGAGAGCACCCUGAAACGACAGAAAAAAGCAAUUCGAUUCCAGAAAAUUCGGAGGCAAAUGGAGGCGCCAGGUGCCCCACCCAGAACUCUGACAUGGGAAGCCAUGGAGCAGAUACGGUAUUUACAUAAGGAAUUUGCUGAGUCCUGGUCAGUUCCCAGGUUGGCUGAAGGUUUUGAUGUCAGCACCGAUGUUAUCCGAAGGGUUUUAAGAAGUAAAUUUGUACCCACUUUGGAACAGAAACUGAAGCAGGAUCAAAAAGUUCUUAAGAAAGCUGAGUUUGCCCACUCACUCCGGCAGCUCCAGGGCUCUAGAGAUACCGUGAAGCCACUUCCUGCAGGCCACUCUGUAUCAAACUCUUUUCUGAUGCCAGGGGAUGAAGCCUCAUCUGAAGGUCAGCAUCACAGCACAGCUUUGACAGUGAUAGAGUCAAAAACUCACAGUACAAAUGCACUGAGACAAAAGGGAAGAAAUAAAGGAAUCCAGGGCUUGAAGAAGGAAAGCUUUGAGCCUAUCACUGCAGCCUUAGGUCAUCAGAGAGAGCUGCAAAAAUACUCCAAUGAUUGUGUAGGCACCAGAAGAAAUGACAGUAAUGAAUUGCCAAGUGAUGAGAAACUGGAAAUGUUGAAGACGGGGGAGCUACGGAACCAGAACUUCAGCAGCAAAGUAGUGCAGAGGGGACGGGAGUUCUUUGACAGCAAUGGGAACUUCCUGUACAGAAUUUGAGUUGGGGCCCGGCUUGUGGAGAUGCCAUGUGAAACAGCUAGACUAAUAUAUUUGGAGCUGCCAAGAUUUCUGCAUGUGGAUAUCUACUUUGAAAUAGGAGGAAUUUGAUGAGCCUGGAAUAUGGACAGAAAGAGCUGCUUGGUUAUUCAAGCUUCUUGGAUCACUGCUCCCAGUCUGACCUGUGUAUCUGCAGUAUUCUCCUUUUUGAUUAACUUCUCUGUAAGUUGAAAAUCAGUAUUGUUUCUGUGAUACUUGCAAUAAUAUGUUUGGGAGGAAGUGAAAAGUUUGCUUUCUGACCUCAUUUCCUUCUUGAUCAUUGAACACUAACAGUUUUUGAGCUGCUUAGUAAAUUGGUUCUUUUAUUUUCCUUUGGUGCAAAAAUAAAAUGUAGCAGUUCGUGUUGC